AUGAGCUUCCCACUGGUCGCUCCAAUGUUUCCUGCAGGGAGGGAACCCCUUCCUCCAGGAAUGACAGAGGAGGACCGUGCUCAGUUACUCGAGGCCAAAAAGUACCAAGGAUGGAUGACCAUGGGCAUGGAGUCUUGUGCAGCAAAGACGGUCAUUGCUGGUGUCGGCGGUCUCGGCAUUGGCGCAUUUUUCUCUCUCAUGUCCUCAUCGUUUGCGUACGAGGAUCCUUUGCUACGGCAAUCCACUCAAGCUGGCCUGAAUAACACUCAGAAGGCCCGUGAAAUUUUCAAGGAAAUGGGUAGAGGGAUGUGGAAAAGCGGAAAGGGCUUCGGAAAAGUUGGAGCAUUGUUCGCCGGAAUAGAAUGUGUAAUUGAAGGCUACCGAGCGAAGAAUGACAUGGUAAACCCGAUUGCUGCAGGCUUCGUUGCCGGAGGUGUUCUUGCGCGAAAUUCGGGACCUAAAGCUGCUCUUGGUGGUGGAUUGGCAUUUGCUGCAUUUUCCGCAGCCAUAGAUUUGUUUUUACGGAGGGAACCGUCAGAGUAA